AGCCCGACGGCGAGCUUCCUACCGGUAUUGCCUGGAGUGGCUCUCCACUGCGAUGUCUGAGACGGCUCCCGCAGCCCCAGUCGAGCCUGUGGUCGUCCCUAUGGGGAAACCGUCGACCAAGAGGCGAGGAAAGAAGCCGGGUGGGUUGACAAAUGCAAGACGCAAGACUCCGAGUCCUUCCUUGUCCCAGCUUAUCACCGAGGCCCUUUCGGUGUGCCAGGAUCGGGCGGGCAUGUCUGUGGCCGCGCUCAAGAAGGCGCUGGCGGCCGCCGGCUACGACGUGGAGAAGAACAACAGCCGCAUCAAGCUGGGCCUCAAGAGCCUGGUGAGCAAGGGCACCCUGGUGCAGACCAAGGGCACCGGCGCCUCGGGCUCCUUCAGGCUCAGCAAGAAGGCCACUCCUGAACCCACCAAAGGCAACGUCAAGAAGUCCCGUCCUACCAAGACCAAGAAGGUGGGCCUGUCCCGUGACUCCAAGUCCCCGAAGACCAUCAAGACCAACAAGAGAGCCAAGAAGCAAAGGAAUACAGCCAAGAAGGCGGUCCGCGGCGGGCGGCAGGCCAAGGGAGCCCAAGGCAAGAAGCCCAGGAAGAGUCCGGCCAAGGCCAGAGGCGCGAAGCCCAAGCCUUCGAAAAGCAAACUGCCCCAGCAGAAGGCAAGCCAGCGGAAGCUCUCCUCCAAGAAGUGAGGCGCCGCCGCCGGCCGAGUUUCAGAGAACCCAAAGGCUCUUUUAAGAGCCACCCCCGUGG